GCAAGCCAAAGCUAGAACAAGAGCGCAGUAGUUGACUGGAGCCGCCAUUAUGGCUUUCCGUAACCACGCUCUAGAGACGAGAAUAGAAAAAAUCGGUUUUCCGUUUGUAACAGAGUGCGAGCGCGACGUGGCCAUCGGAAUGAACUAGAUCCGGCUUCGACGCGUUGACCCUGGGUCCCGGUGGACCUCCGCGAGGACCUUGGAAGUGGACAAAUCCGUCGUCGCGUGUUUUUCGUUUCUUCUUUUUUUUUUUUUUCGGGGUUCCCGUUCGUUGUAGUUUUUUUUGCACGUAGUUUUGGAUAAGAAGAAGAAGUGACGAGGUGUGGGCAGGGGAGCGACAGAGACGGGUGACAGUCAACAAAAAGGCGUUCAGCAACAUCGGAUCAGGGAGAGGAAAGAGAAAGCAAUACAAGAGGAACGAAAAACAAGAAGAAUAACACAGCAGGCCGAGAGAGUGGAAAGAAGCAGAAAAGGAAGAAAAAAAAAAUGUCGAAGCUUUCGUUUCGGGCCAGGGCCCUGGAUCCCUCGAAACCAAUGCCCAUUUAUCUGGCAGAGGAACUUCCGGACCUGCCGGAAUAUUCGGCCAUCAACCGGGCCGUUCCACAGAUGCCGAGUGGGAUGGAAAAAGAGGAAGAAUCGGAACACCAUCUGCAGCGCGCAAUAUGUACCGGCCUCAUCAUUCCUACCCCGGAAGUCUACGAGACGACCGAUUCGGAAUUCUACGAGCGGUACUACACAGCCGAUUACAAAAUGCCCAAACAGAUGAUCCACAUGCAACCUCUAAAUCUCGAGCAGGACGUGCCGGACUACGACAUGGACAGCUCGGACGAGACGUGGGUCAGUACCCAGGGCAAACGGCUAGAUCUGGACCCGCUCAAGUUCGAAACGAUGAUGGAUCGACUGGAGAAGAGCUCCGGCCAGACGGUGGUGACGCUGAACGAAGCCAAAGCCCUGCUCAAACAGGACGACGAAAUCAGCAUAGCGGUGUACGAUUAUUGGCUGAACAAACGGCUAAAAAUGCAACACCCGCUCAUCCUCUCGGUGAAAACCGAAAGCAGAGGUAACACCACCCCCAACAAUCCUUAUCUGGCAUUCCGAAGGCGAACGGAGAAGAUGCAAACCCGAAAGAACCGCAAAAACGACGAAUCGUCUUACGAGAAAAUGCUUAAACUGAGGCGGGAUCUAAGUCGAGCAGUUACCUUGCUGGAGAUGAUCAAACGGCGGGAAAAGAUGAAGCGAGAACAGCUGCACCUGACCAUUGAAGUAUACGAAAAGCGAUAUCACGCGCAAGACUUCAACGGUCAGAUGCUGGCCGAGUUCACUUCCAACGCAACCAAAGCGUCCAGACCUGCAUUUGCACCCAUCUAUUCCAAUCAAUAUUCGGCGCACCAUGCGAGUGGUAGUGUUCCGGGUGUUGCCGGUGUUUCCGGACUAGGAUCGUACGGCAGCGGCUCAUCGUCACAGUAUCAUGGCGUUAGUGGGUCGAAUAAGCGCGAUGCCGAAGCGAUGGGUGGCAGUAGUCGUAAGGAGAAGCGUCAGUAUAAGAAGCGAAAACACAAAAUCCAGAAGGAUCGAUCCAGUGGUUCUGCUGCAGCCGGCAGUUCUGGUCACGGUGCUGGACACGGUUCUGCCGGAUACUCGUAUCAGUACCAUCCGGCCGGUUCAGCAGGGCUGGCUGGUUCCGCUGGGGUAACGGGUUCGGGAGUACGGGAUUCCCUGGGUGGAAGUGUACUAGGCAGCGGCACCGCCGAUCCGGCACUUUCUUCCGACGAAGAAGAAUUGGCUAACCUGCAAGGGAGCACCGCUUCGGAGGAGGAAUACACCUACGCGUUUCGGCGGAGCAAAAACUGCCAAUAUUACAAGCCCGUUGCGAAAGGAGACUGGCCGUGGGUUUCGAAGGAGGAAAAUGGAACGGCAGAUCCGCGGUAUCGGUUUGCGCUAACUUCGUUACGAUAUCCAAGGCCCCGUUGUAUCGGCUUCGCCCGAAGAAGGAUAGGUCGAGGCGGUCGGGUUAUAAUCGAUCGGGUUAGCACGGAUUUGGACGAUCUGUGGACUCGGCUGGACUACAAGAUCAUCGAAUCGGAAACGACACCGGCAGCAGCUGUGGCAGCGGAACCAGAAGAGGAAAGCAUCGUGGUGCCGCUUCCGGGAAGCACCUCGAAUGUGGUGACGGAUCUCGAUCCACCGGUUGACAGCAAGAAGGCAGUUAGUAGUACUGUCAGUGGUUUAAGUGUUGGCACUUCUGGAACUGGCAGUUUGAGUCGGUCGGCGGUCCCUUGCCGAAGGCAAUUGGUAAUCAAGGAAGAAACGGACCUGGAUGAGUUGUUCAUGAGUGGUGUCGGAUUGAUCCGACGAACAGAAGAAAACAGUGGUACAGUUAAAUCGGGAGUAGGAAGUAAUGAGGGGCUAUCAACGGGGGUAGAAAUAAAAGAGGAAGUGUCGUGCAGUGAUGAAAGGACAUCAACGACGGUUCCAACGUCUUCGUCGACGUUUGUAAGUACUAAUAUUAGUGGUAGUGUGAAUAACUCAGAAAAUAAUGUGAUAAAGAGUGAAGCUGGCGAUAUUGUGACGGUAAAACAGGAAGUCCUGGAAGAUUACGAGCACAUGAUAGACAAUGUAAAUAAUAGUUAUAGGCAUCGGAUUAGUAACAAUAGCAGCAGUAACAUCAGCAGUCGGCCAGAAAACAACAGCUUCAAUAGCAGUAGUUACUUCAAUAGUAGAAACAAUUUUAUCCAAUCGUUCAAUAAUAGUAUUAGCGGUAAUGUAGAACAGGGUGGACUAUCCCAGUUCCAACAAAAUUUGUCCUCAAGGUCGAUGCAGCAACAUUUGUCUGCUACAGCUUUGUGCUCUAGUGGGUCAAUGCAAUCUCAGUCCUACAAUGGGAUAGAUGAAAAUCAAGAAGCGGAGGCAGGGGACAGUUCGCUCAUUGCCGGCGUCUAUUCAGAGUUACUGAACGAAAUCCAAUCAAGUUGGCUACACUUUCGGCCAAAAACACCGGAACCUCUUCCGUUGGAUGAUCAAGACCUUUUGCUCGACAAUGAUCCUUUGUUCCAAACGGAUGCUAAUCGGAUAGCAUUGGAAUUACAGGCUUUGGGUGACGAAUUGCCAGCAGAUGUUUUUAAUCGAUCGGAAGCAACAGCGGUAGGAUCCUUGUUCCGAACGAAACCAUUUGCGCUGGACAGUUUGGUGGAACCACAUCCGCUGGGCUUGGAGGGUUCUGCUACCAAUCGAAAGGAUGCCGACGAGCUGGGCAUUAAGCUUGAAACAUGUUCUAACUCGGAUAACAAUCUCAGUGGCGAUAGCUUAAAUGAUCUGAAUCUUAGCUUGAAUGAGUCCAAUGAAGACGAGAAGAUGCUGGACAAAAUCUUGCAAGAGUGCCAAAUCGACGAUAUGAAAUCGUUAAACCAGACAAGCAAUUUCUGGAAUGGAAUCCUGGAAGAUGGAAUCCUGAACCAGUUGGAGGUAGGCGAUGAAGCCGGUGCAGGCGCUGGUGGGGAGAAUAAGGAGGACGCUUUGGUAGCAAUAAACGAAUUUGUUAAUCCUCCUCUGGUUGACGGGCUGCCGGUUAACAAAAUAGGCUAUUGUUCGGAAUUGGUUGGUUUCGAUAAACCAUCUAAUGUAGAGAGAUUCAAAAGCAAGCGGCGGAAGAUUUUGAAACGGUGUAAUUUUGCUGUCGGCAGCAGCUACAUAGUCGUAAGAAACCCGCCCCAAGAAGAGCUCUUUAAGAAGCAUUCCGAUGGCGAACUAGAAGUCACUGCUGAGGCAGAGAAAACUGACUCGGCAACUAAUUCUUCACCUUCAAUGGCUGAAGUAAAAACCGAAGAAGAUGCGAUAUCCGCCACCGUACCCGCCGAUCAGAUCAAAAUCGAACCACCCGACGAGCUACUAGCUGCGUCCACUCAAUCUGCACCACAACUGCAAACUAAUACAACCGUGAUUCCGACAGGAAACGCCAAUACAAGUUUCUAUCAGUCUCUGUCAGCCCCACAGAUCAAAUUGGAACCAUUGAAUCAUUUGUCGUCGGUUCCGUCCAGUCUUACUGCUUCUCCAGUGCCGCAGAGUACAUCUUUCCUGAUAACUUCUCCAUCAACGAUGCAAGUUGUACAGCAACAACAGAAUGCAGUGGGAACUUCUUCAACCGUACUGAAUCCAUUGAUGGCUACGGCACAAACCACUGUGCCAGUAGUCCAUCAUCCUACGCAGCAGCAACAGAUCACAAUAACAGGAACACCUACCGGGGGUAGUGCCAGCAGCAGCGGAACGUCAACCCCCACCGGGAGCUAUAUCGUGCAGCAUACGACGCCGAUUGUAUUAUCUCAGCAGCAGAUGCAGCAGCUCGCGGCUGCUUCCGGUGGGGGAAAUAUCGUUACAGUCAGCGGAAAUCAGGUGUUGACAGCAACCGCAAAACAGGCACUACAGCAGCACCAGCAAUCCCACGGGACGGGACAACCGCAACAAAUUCAGAUUCAGCAUGCCACACUACCCCAUCAGGGUGAAACGUAUGUGUUAACAGCGACGGCUGCACCGGGACAGUCACCGAUGAAGAAGGCCAUCAAUGGACCGAACGAUAAGACAUUGAAGCAAAAUGUCAUCAACCCCAAGUUCCAUACGCUUAUUAACCAGAAACUGGCCGCCGGCCAGAAGGCUGGUGAUCUCAAUAAGAAACAACUGGAGAUGAUCACAAAGGCGCUGGUAUCGUCGCAAAAAAUGAUCGUAAAAUCAGCUUCACCGGCUAAUCACGGUACGGCACAGGUAGUUCAGCAGCAACAACUGCAACAUCAGGCAGGAGGUUCGAUUGGCACGAGUACCUACAAUGUGAUCCACCAAAACUCUCUGCAGCAACCAAUAACGAUCCUGUCAGCAGCACCGAGUCACGGCCAGGGUCCGGGACAACAGACGACGCAGAACAAGAUCAUUCUUACUUCAUCGCCUCAGCUGAUCCAACAAGCUGCCGGUCAGUUGAUGGCUGCUGCAGCUGCCUCUCCUCAUGGGAAAAUUGCAAUAAAUCCGCAACAGUUCCAGCAGGUACAAGAACUCGGUGCCCAGGGUCAAUCAUCUGCUAGUGGGACUGGGGUCGCUGGCGGCCAACCCGGUCAACAGCAGCAUGUCAAAUUGGAAAAGACGGUUAAUAUGCUGUUCGAUGCAGAUAAAAAUCGGAUAGUUUAUGCCAACAUCAAGAACAGUCGUGGGCAGUUUCUGGCUCAGAUAAAUCCGAAAGUUGUUAAUAUUAUCCAACCGAUCCAACAGCAAAAGUUGAUGAACAAUGUAGGCGCCCUGCAGGCACAGCAGCAGCAACAACAGCAAACAACGACUAGUGUACAGAACAUUUUGGGAGGGUCACCAACAACCGCAAUUGUAAAUAGUAAAGGAAUACAACGGAUACCAGCGGUUAGUAUUCGUGCUCAGCAGUUACAGGCGGCUAGCCAACAACAGCAUCAGCAGGAUGGCAGUGGCACAACGACCGUAGCAGUCGCGACAAACAAUGCCACCAACAGUAUAAAGUUUAUUCAAGUAACGCCGGCCUCGGUGGCAUCGGCUUCAGCAGCCGCAAUGACCGCGGCUGCCGCCUCUUCCGGCGGUGCUAAUGUUUCCAAUGAUACGGGAUUGACGACUACCUCGGUUACGUCUAUGAUCGUUCCAACGUCUUCAAGUUCUGCUUCACUGGUAAGCGUCAGUGCUGGUGGCAUAAGUAAUUCUGGUGCUGGCAGUGGAAGCACCGGAAUUCAGUCUGUGUCGUCGUCUGCGGUUUCUGUCACGACCGCCAACCCACCUACCACAAUCAACAUUACCAAUAGGUGAGAAUCGAAGAGCGGCCAGCUCAUUAGGUAACUGUUGUUAAUUAUAAUCUUUUAUUUGUCAGUAACGCAAGAAAAAAAAAACCCACACAUACAUUUGUAAGAUUCAAUUCUCUUGUCAUCGGUGUCACAGUGUAAGGAAAAAACGAAAAUGAAGCAAAAAUAUCUUCUACUAGUCUCUCGUAUAAUCUUGGUCUAUAGAUUUUUGGCUCCCGAGCAUUCCCAUUUUAUCCCACAGAAACAUUGUCAUAGCUCGUAGAUUAACUUCUUCAGAUCUUAUCAGUUUAAUCGAGCAGCUGUUGCAGUGUACACGGAUAUGCAUGUGUAGAUAGUGCUGCUGCAAUUUGUGCGAUUGGCAAGAAAGCAGCUUAAUCUAUUUAUUCGAUUGGCCAUUCGUUUUUUAAAGUAAAAUUCGAAUGGAUUGUAGCUUUGGAAAAACUUCCUUUUUUUUAAUAUGUUUUGGUCUGUGACUAUUUUCUUAAUUCAUUUGAAAGGCCUCCUCAUUGGUUUCAACGAUUAUCAAGCAACAUACUUCUAAAAUAGGAAUCUCUUGACUUCAAAGGAAAGUGUAUUGUUUUUUUGUGGAGCUAUCCUAAUAUUACAAAAUAGAUAAAUCUUUUGACAAACAAGGGCCUUUUGUUAACUUAAUAUAUUUCAGUAAAACAUAUAAGAUUAAAAAAAUUGGGAACAUAGAUCAGAUUUGAAAUUUGUUGCUAGUAUUUUUUGUCAACUGUUCUAAACAUGGAACUUGUGAUAUUGAGUCUUUAAAGUCGUUUUGUAUUUGCCUUUUUAUGUUGUCUUUAGUUGUUACACAACUAAAUCGUUUUCAUCGUUGAAGCAAAAUUGCUGAUUGCUAUCAAAAUGUAAUUUCGAAGUGACCCGCACAGCACUGAUCUGAUUAUACUUGAGUAUUUAUAACGGCAUGUUUAGUGAAAUGUUGCAUUCAAGUUGAUAAGCUGCCUGCAACUGUAUAUUUCUCGAAGACCAUGAUUAUCGUUAAUAUCUAAAAUGUUUAUUUCAUUUCAAACCAUUUUCAAUUUAUUCGAUGAAUUUCUUGAACUUAAUAUGAGAUAAAUUCAUUAAAAAAACAUAAGUAUGCGAAUAUAACUUUGUACUUCGAUCAAUUCUUUAUGUGGUUGUUUUUAAAAAAAGAUCGUUUUAUCUCACCGCUUUCUGUUUUUUAUCGAUGUUGUCACCAUAGCCAUUUAAUUUGCUUCUCAUCGAUAUUAAAAAAACAAUCUUAACAUGCGAUAACUAGUAGCUCAGGUCUGGAAUGUUGCGGCCAAAACUUCCAGUGAAAGACUAAGAUUUGUAUAUUACAAUAUAAGUAAUGAAUUUGGAAUGAAGUUGGUUGUAAAUAAUAUCUAACUGAUAGUUCAGUGUAUUUUUCACUCUACAUCGUAAAUUCUUAGAGCGAUCAGAGAAAUGAGAGUAUAAUAACUCCCAGUCUUUGAACGUUCGGACGAGGGAUAUUUUGGUCGUGACAAGUCCGGAGACAAGAGAAGAACAUUUUUCUGUGCAUAGGAUAACCGAUAUGUAAUCUUCAGCGCUAUGUCCAAAUUUCUUUUUUCUACCGCGCGAAGUAUGCUAUUAAUAAUACCAUUAAAACUAGCAUUGUAAUAAAAUCAUAAAUCCUAAAUAUUUGUAAAAUGGACAGAUAAAUAUUAUAGUUAAUAUUAAUUGUAUCUUCUUUGCACGGACAACGUGAUUCUCGUGGAUAUGCUACGGUAUUGAUAGAGAUCCCAUUUUCCUCUUUUCUGAAUAUUCAGCAUGGAUAAAAAGUAUAAAAAAUAGACAAAAAACGCUUACAGUUUUCUUUUCCGAUUUUUCGGUCGGCUUUUCGAGCGAUCAGAAUGACAAAGUGUGUAAACUUUUCCCAAACUCGACCCAAAAAAGGGCAAAGAAAACAACAAAAAGACAAUUGUUUUAAAUUGUUCUUGUGUAUGUGAUUUGUAAAACGCGUAUGCGGUGAAUUACAAAAAAAAAAGAAACGACAAGCAAAACGCAUCUUUCCAUAUUCUCAUAUCAAUAUUUGGUUCUGGGUUUGGAAAUCAUCGAUGUCGUUUGAGAGUUGUCUUUGUUUGAGAGAUGGAAGCUAUCGUAAUAAUACUUGAGAAUGGAAGAGAACCCUUGUUAAUAUUGGAUGACUGCAGAAGAAAGUAUGUAUUUGUGUUUGGUAGCAUUGCAAACAAGACUUGUGUGUGUGUGACGUGUACUUGUAUAAAGUUCAAACUAGUUGAAGCUUAUUAAAAGUUUUCCGUGGUUGCAUAGAGUAACUUUGACAUACAUAUUAAAGAAGCAAAAUUCCUUGCCGAGGCAUAGAACAUAUUUGACACGUCCUAGGUGGUUUUCAGGGCGAGAACGAGAAAGCAAAAUUAACAAAUACAAUUUGAAGUGUGCAUAUGUUUUAGCUGAUGAGUAAAAAACUAAGUAAAGAUACAACAAAACAACAAAAAACUACAAAUUCUGAUUGCGCUUGAAUAUUGUAAUUACCAACCAACAGAAACAAAAGUAAAAAGCAGUUGUCAUUUUCAUGUAACUCUGGAAAAACUACUAAAUUCAACUAGAAGUCAGAAUAUAACGAAUCGAAACAAAAAAAAAUUCUUCAAAAAGAUAAAAUUAUAAGCAACAGCAUAAAACACAACAUAAAUAGUGAGAUUGAAAACGGCAAAAAUAAGAAGGAGGCGAUGUAAAAUUAUUGGCUAGUAAACGAAUGAAAUAAAAAAAAACUACACUCUUUACAACAAUCUUUAUCCUAACGAGAAAUUUGAAGCAAGAACAGAGCCUAGAACACUCUGCUAAACAAACGGGCGUUUAUGAAAAUCAAAUACAAACGGCAUAAUGAGUAGAAGAAAAAGGACGAAGAAAAUUCCGUGUCGCUUUUCCUUGGCACGGUGUGGAGCAACGGAAGAUGGUAGAAAGAGAAAAAGCAGAAAGCAGUUAAAAAAAAUUCAAAAAGUAUUAUUCUUAUCGAACUAAAACGUGAAGCAGUGGAAAAAAGCAGCAGUUGUAAAACUACUGGACAUAGGUUUUUAAUUAAAUUAAAUUAUUAUUUUUUGUACACAAGAUAAAAGUAAGAAAUUUAAAAUAUACUUCAAAAUAACUAUGAACAAUUCAA